GUUGACAUUUCUCUGUUUUGCCGAGCUUAGUAAUUGACAGGCGUGACAAGUUGUAACGACGGUAUAGGCCUCUAUCAAAAGUCUCCAGACGCUCCUGCGGAGCUGCCCAUAGGGCCGAAAAAGCUCCGCCUAAAGGAGCGGCUGGUUCGAGACUAAGGCCUCGCCAUCGACAAGACGUCAGAGUAGAUCGAUAAGAAUGCGCAUCCUUAUGAUACUAUAUCGAUAAUCGAUGAUAAUCGAUGAUAAUCUUCACGCGUGUCGGGAAAGCGAGGCGAGAGGAACAUGUAUCGGCGUCGGUAAAAAGAUGAGCUUUGGCGCACUAGAAGAUAUAGACCACGAAGACGGCGAGAACUUGAAUCGCUCGUGUCGGUACCAAGUAUACAGCCCAGCGAUUGCUCUGGUAUAAGUCCACGUAUCAGGGAUCGAAGUUGAGAUCAUCGGUGCGGAAGCAACACACUUAAACUGACGAUGACGAACUCACCAGUACGAUAGGCUCUAGCCUCAGGCUAUCUACGAGCAGAUCAAGGGAACUACAACGGAUGACACGAUGAAGUCGACAGUGGUCGCCUUCAUGUCAAAACGACAAGACGCAGGUAGGCCUACAAACGCGUCAACACCUCCAAGCUACCGCCAGUACCUGGUGGUACUAGCAUUUGUUCUAUGAUUACCUUACACACUUUUCCGAAGCUUCCCAUCCACCUUCGGUCGUUCGUUGAGGUCAUGAGACGGAGACAUUGAUAAUAUGAGGCGCGGAGAGGUCCAGUCAUCGCUACUCACAAUAUUGCGGAGAAAGAGG